GAACAAAUGCGGGUAAAAAAAAAUCGGAUGCGAAGUCUUUGCGCUUCUCGAAAAACUAAAUUACAACGUCGCCGUCGACUAAUCUUGUCUCAGAACGAGGCCCUCGCAGGUAAAGUGUCAAGAACCUGCAGCUGUUUUCCAGGAGAUAAUCUAUCGUUUCUACGCGCGAUCAAGAUGGGGCUUACAGGUCGACUCAAAUCUCGAGAAAGCCCCAAAAGAGCUCAGGUAUGCUUUGGCCUGGACGUUGCAGUGCAAUCACCAGCGCACCCGAUCCAGAUCUUUGACCCCUUGUGGUGUAUAAUUGCAGUCGGGUGUAGGUAGAUCGCUCUCCGGGCUCAAAGAUAUUCAAAGCAUGGGCGAGUUUACUUAUUCGUUCUGGUUUGAAGGAUCUCAGAGCCUCGGGGAGAGUCAACAAGCUUCAGGUACGCCCCUCACAGGCCACGAGGGAGAAUACGCUCAUUCCCCAUCCCAGAACAUGACCUUGACGUUGACCCUCAUCAGAUACCAGUCACUCCCUCACCGGUUCCCUCUGCGCCGCCGGCUUCCUUCUCGCCCUCACUACAUUCAAAUACAUUCGAGCCUAGCCCGUUCUGCAUGGAAGAAUCUCAGUCGCCUCGGCUCAAUCCUCUGAUGCCUGAACUAUUGCCACAGAUGAUGCCGUCACCACAAGCGCUGCUAGCGCAGCCAUGCUUCCGCUGCGGGACGUCUACACUUGUCUCGCAGGAACAUUCCAUUACGCAUGUUCCGCUGUGCAACGCCUGCGCUGCAUAUGUUUCCCAGCGCUCACAGCAGCGCAUGGCUGAGGAUUUACUGGCCAAAAGGCGACGUGACGGGUUGUUGGAAGAUGCGGCGUCAUCCAAGGGCACAAGACGGUGCCCACAUUGUGGUACAAGGAGGACGAGUACCUCCCAGGACAAUUCGGAGGAUGUGAUCGUUUGCAAUGCGUGCGGGAUGUAUGUGAAGGGACAGGGACAAGAGAGGGCCGAACGAGUCGAGGAUAGAUCGGGUGAGGGCGAUGAUAGCGAUUUGACGAGAAGCGGACAGGCACAUGCGUCUGUCGAUCUUGAACGCGCUCAGACAGGAUCGUAGUCGGCGCGGGACGCAAUGCCAGUUCUGCUCGAAGAGGUCGAUUGGAUAAUUCCCUCUGUGUUAUCUUGGCUAGUCGUUGUCUCCAUGUAAGGCCGGUGUGUG